GUACUGUGGGACAACAAGAUCCAGCAUGGGGACAUCAGCGUAGACAACCUGAUGCACACUCCAGCCACGAAGCAAAGGGUUCUUAACGACUUCGACCUGGCCCGAUUGGACCAACAGAAUCGGAAACCAAGUGGAAAGGACAACACUGGGACUAUGCCACUCAUGACUCUGGACCUAUUCAGUGAUCAGGCAUCCGAGGGUUUGGCUCCACGUCACUACCGACACGAUACCGAGUCUUUCGCCUGG